AUGGAUCAAAUUUUCAAAAUCAAAGAUGCUGUCGUUAAUUACCUUUCUCCCGUUGCGAAACGUCGUAGAACAAUGGGGGGACCUCAAACACCAGGUUACAUCGAAUUCGACGACGAACACCAAUUUUUUUCCGAACCACAAAACAAUAGGAGAUCUCUCGACUUCGCAUAUGGUCGCAUGAAACAAAACUAUGGCUCGAAAGAAGACAGAACGACACCCACAAGAAAUCCCCUCAAACGUCCUCGCGAAGACGAUGAAGCUGAAGGGCCUGUAUUUUCAGGAGAUGACAUCUCACCAAAGCAAGCUUCUUCGCACAACGUCACUGAGAGUGGUGAAGAAUCGGAAACCACAGAUUAUAUGGAUGAAGACGAGGAUGAAGAAGAGGAAGAGGAUCUAAUUUCUGCUCAGCAAAAAGUAGAUGAAUAUCUUGCAAAGCAAGCUGCGGAAUUUGCUAUGGCAAAAGAGACGGUAGAAAGAGCUCGAGCGGAUGGCGAAUGGUCCUCCGAAGAACUUUUUCUAUUGGAAAGACUUCAAUACAUGGGCCAUGAAGGACUUUUGCCGCACUGGGCAAAGGAGCGGAAUUUUCGGACAGUUCCUGAGGCUAUGUUUUGCCCUGAUGAUAAUGCCCUUUUGGGUGAGAGUAGCAAAUCUAUCCAAAUGUUAGAAUUCCUCGUUCACUACCUACCUCGUCGCGUACAUGAUAGAUACUAUGGGGGAUCUGGACCACCUGAAGCACAGAUGCGGCAAUGGAUUGGCAAAUACGUUGAAUGGACUGAGAGAGAUGGAGGGUAUCAUAAGAAGAAGUUUAUUCCAGUUCUGUGCCUCGUUGAAGGUCGAUGGCGCGCGCCCGCUGCAGAAACGACCAAACGCCUCAAAGAUCAAAUGAAUUUCCAUGCCGAAUCAUGGCGUCGAACGCUACAACGUCCUUCGCCCAUUGUCAAUGAGUUUGGUGAGAUAGAAAUUUACUUUCGACGCCCUCCUCUUAUUUAUGGAAUUCUUUACGUACAAGCCAAAGCUCUUUUCGUUACACUCGACUCUUCGGAUCCACAAGCAAAGAUUAGAGAUAUUCACGUUUGUGAUUUCUUAGACACAAGCAAGCAUUUUUGGCAUGCUAUAUCUGUUGCUAUAGUGGCUAAAAUUGCGCAAAAGUACAUGAUGUCAAUUGUUGAUACAUUGGAGGAUGAUGAUCCGCAGGAACCAGAUUCGUGUAGUGAGAAUGAACUAGAAUCCGCACGUGCGAGGGAAAAGAGACUGCAGAAAGAAGCAAAGAUACUGGAGCGAGAAAAAGAGCGUCAGCGCCAGGAAGACCUUUCGAGACUCGAGCAACAAAUGAAUAAAAUUAAGAUGGAAGAAGAGGAAGAUAAUGUUAUGGAGUCCAUCGAGGAGUAUGAGAGAGUGGAAAUUAUUGAGGGUGAAGAAGAAGAACAGGAAGACUUCGAGGACGAUCGACCAUCAAUGUCGGAAUAUGAUGAGGAAGAAGAGGAAGAAAUGGAGGUUGAGGUUGAUGAGGAUGCAGACGAAAACGAAAACGAUGAGCAAAGUGCCGAUGAAUUAAUAAGCGACGAGGAUGUUGAGGAUGCUGAAGAUGGUGUCGAAGAAGAAGAUGAGCCAGACGACAGCAAUGUUAGCAACGAAAGCGAUAACGAAAAGGUUAAAGUCGUCAAUCAUUACAGAACUGGACGUACCCCUAGAUCAGCAAGCUCUGAUGAAUUGUAG